AUGUGUUUUUGUCAGCACUCACUUGCAAAGGAUUCUUGCGUAUCUUCGGAGUUCAGUUUGAGUGGUGAUUAUAUUUUGGGAGGCCUUUUUCCAGUGCACCGCGGAAUAAAUAAUGCGACGUCGGACUUUCCUCUGGCCCUGGAAUGUGACAGCUUGCCGUUCUCAGCAGCAGGUUAUCAGAAGUUGCAAGUGAUGAGGUUUGCUAUCGAGGAAAUUAACAACUCGACCUCCAUCUUGCCUGGUGUGUCCCUUGGUUAUGAGAUCUUUGACCAUUGCUCAGAAGUGCAGAAUUUUCCAUCAGUCUUUGAAUUCCUUUUCAAAAAUAGUUCUGCUGAAAUACUUCAUUACUUUAAGGAGUACAACCAUAAAGUUCUAGCCGUGCUUGGCCCCCUUGAAAGCAGUCAAACUCUUACCAUUGCACCGUUUUUCAUGAUGGAUCUUCUUCCGAUGGUAAAUUAUGGAUCAACAAGCACCAGUUUAAGUGAUAAAGAGUCAUUUCCAUCGUUUCUACGAACAGUGCCCAGCAACAGAAGUCAAGUACAGCUGAUCAUUCGCAUUUUACAGAAGUUCGAAUGGAACUGGAUCGCGUUCAUAGGCGACACCACUGACUACAGUCAAGAUGCACUUCAACUCUUCAUUGACGGCAUAAGAAACACUAGCAUCUGCUUGGCUUACCAGGAGGUACCCACGACGCCAUCUAAAUACCACAUCACAUUUAGGAAUAUCAACAGGCUUCGUAUAAAUAUCAUCAUAGUUUAUACCUUAAAGGUGUAUGCAACUGCUUUAAUUAAAUCGGCCAUUCUGAACAAUAUACAUGAGAAGGUGUGGAUUGCAAGUGAUGCCUGGUCUUUGAAUAAAGGACUUCCCUCUCUCGAAGGACUCCACACCGUCGGUACUAUUAUUGGAAUAACAGAAAGGGUUGUGAGUUUACCCGGGUUUUCAGAAUUUGUCCACAAAUCUCAGGCUGAAAGUAAAUACCUUGAAUGCAAAAACCGAAAACUCCAGGAGGAUGUUCGGGCAACCUGUAAUCAAGAUUGUUAUAGUUGCUCUUACGUGAACGCAAGCAAAAUAAUGUAUCAAGAUCCAUCUUAUAACUUUGCCAUUUACACUGGAGUUUAUGUUGUGGCAAAAGCCUUACACGCCAUAUUACAGUGUGAUACAAAUGGAUGCAACAAGACCGAAAGAAUCUUCCCUUUUAAGCUUCUCAAAGAAAUAAAGAAGUCAGACUUCAAACUAUUGAAUCUAGUUGUAAAGUUUGACAAAAAUGGAGAUCCUCCUUCAAGAUACAACAUAGUGUCCUGGAACCUGGACUCCUCUCCUCCGUAUGAGUAUGUGGGAUCAUAUGACACAGAGCCGACUGUGAGUUUCAGUAUUAAUGAAACUCUUAUUCACUGGUACACCAACGGAACCAUUCCCGUGUCACGGUGCUCUGAGGACUGUCAAAUGGGCUCUGUUAGGAGAUCAUUUGAAAUCUAUAAGUGCUGCUUUCAUUGCGAAGUCUGCCCAAAAGACACCUAUAUCAAUCAUUCAGCUGAUCCAUACAGUUGCAUCCCGUGUAAGAAGAACGAAUGGUCUGACCCAGGGAGCACUUCCUGUAAAGAGCGUGUUGUGGUGUAUAUUCGCGUCACAGAUCCCUUGUCAAUCCUGCUCUUGCUCUCUGUCAGCUUCAUGCUCUUUCUUGCUGCAGCCAUCACCAUCCUCUUCGCUCGUAACUACAACACCCCGGUUGUGAGGUCUGCCGGGGGGAAAAUGUGCUUCCUCAUGCUGGGCUGUUUGAGCGGUUCAGGUCUCAGUGUGUUCUUCAGCUUUGGCGUCCCGAAUGAAAUCAAAUGUGUGUUGAGAAGUUCAUUUUUCCCUAUUUUCUAUACUGUCUGUCUGUCUUGUCUCGCUGUACGAUCCUUCCAGAUUGUCUGCGUCUUCAAAAUGGCUGCCAAGCUACCCAGAGCAUAUGAAUGCUGGGUUAAGUACAAUGGACAGUGGCUAUUCAUAGCGGUGGCCUCUACAGUUCAGUUAAUUUUCUGUGCACUCAGUUCUGCUAGACCCUUGAAUGACACAGUGACCUUCAAAGACCAAAUCACUAUGAACUGUGACGCAGUAGGUGUGAUCCCACCUAGCAUAACUUUGUUCUUUGCAGGAUUUCUAGGUAUUUUGUGCUUUAUCUUCUCAUACAUGGGAACAGACCUGCCCAGAAACUACAACGAGGCCAAAUCUAUUGCAUUUAGUGUGCUGCUGUUUUAUAUUUCCUGGAUUGCCUAUUUUACAUCAUAUUUUAUUCACACAAGCAGACACCUGUCCGUAAUUGAUGCAUUCUCUGUGCUGACCAGUUCAUAUGGAAUUCUCGUAAGUUAUUUUUUCCCAAAGUCAUAUAUCAUUCUUUUCAAGCCUGAGAAAAACACACAAGCAUACUUUCAAUCUUGUAUUCAGGAUUAUACCCAAAAGAUCAGCAGGAUGUAG